GGAGGCAAGAUGGCGGCGCUGUGACUGACACACUGGGCCCGGGCACGGAGGGCGGAGACACCGGGCGACGGCGGUAGCAGCGGAGAGUCGGGAUCACUGAACCCAAGGCUUCCCGCCAACACGAAGGGGGCCCCGGGGCCCGGCACCAGCACUUGGCGCCAGCCGGGAGGGGACACCCAUUGAGCCAGGGGACACGCGGCGUGUGCAGCAGGAAAGGCCGGGGGUCCGGGGCCUGGAGGCGGAGCCUGUCCGGCCGCACGAGUCAGGAGAGCCCGAGGAUUGGGGCCUGUCAUAUCGGGGGGGAACGGGAGAGCCUGGGGACUAGGCCCUUUUGCACCGGCUACUAGUGACAGGAAAGCCUGGGGACUAGGGCCUACAGUAGGGUGUAACGUGAGAGGAGAUCCCUGGGACUAGGCCCUGCCGUACGGUGUAACGUGUGAGGGGAACGCGGGGACUAGGCCCUGCUGUACGGGAUAGUGUGUAAGGAGAGUUCGGGGACUAGGCCCUGCCCUACGUGGUAACGUGUGAGGAGACUAGGAAUUAGGCCCAGGUCUCUGGGGAAAGGUCGGAGGUUAAGUCUUGUCCGCAGGACUAGGUGUCUGAGGCAAGGCCAGGGGUUGGGCCUUCGGCGGUACUAGUGUGAGCGGGAACUGGGGCCUUCGCACUGCGGUUGAGAGCAGAGCCCAGAGAAGGGGCCCGUGUACUGGGUCACUCGUGUCAGCGGAACCCGGUACCGGACCGAGUAUAUCCCGGGGCGGCACCAUGACCGACACCCGGCGGCGGGUCAAGGUCUACACCUUAAACGAGGAGCGGCAGUGGGACGACCGGGGCACCGGCCAUGUGUCCUCCGGCUACGUGGAGAGGCUGAAGGGCAUGUCCCUGCUGGUGCGGGCCGAGAGCGACGGCUCUCUCCUGUUGGAGUCCAAGAUUAACCCCAACACUGCCUACCAGAAGCAGCAGGACACGUUGAUUGUGUGGUCGGAAGCUGAAAAUUAUGACCUGGCUCUUAGCUUUCAGGAAAAGGCUGGCUGUGAUGAGAUUUGGGAGAAGAUAUGUCAGGUUCAGGGGAAGGACCCUUCUGUGGACAUCACCCAAGACCUGGUGGAUGAGUCGGAAGAGGAGCGCUUCGAUGACAUGUCCUCUCCCGGCUUGGAGUUACCGCCUUGUGAAUUAAGUCGUCUUGAAGAGAUCGCCGAGGUUGUGGCUUCUUCUCUACCCUCUCCGCUCCGCCGGGAGAAGCUUUCGCUGGCCCUGGAGAACGAGGGCUACAUCAAAAAGCUCCUUGAACUUUUCCACGUUUGCGAAGACUUGGAAAACGUCGAAGGGUUACACCACUUGUACGAAAUCAUCAAGGGCAUCUUCCUGUUAAACCGAACUGCGCUGUUUGAGGUCAUGUUUUCUGAAGACUGCAUCAUGGACGUUAUCGGGUGCUUGGAGUACGACCCGUCUCUGUCCGUGCAGAGAAAGCACAGGGAGUUUCUCACAAAGACUGCGAAGUUCAAAGAGGUGAUUCCCAUCUCCGACUCGGAACUCAAACAAAAAAUCCACCAGACCUACAGAGUUCAGUAUAUUCAAGAUGUCGUCUUGCCGACCCCUUCUGUGUUUGAAGAGAAUAUGUUGUCAACGCUUCACUCCUUCAUAUUUUUUAACAAAGUGGAGAUAGUUGGCAUGUUACAGGAAGAUGAGAAAUUUUUAACAGAGUUAUUUGCACACCUCACAGACGAAGCUACGGUUGACGAGAAGAGGCAGGAGCUGGUAAAUUUUCUGAAGGAGUUCUGUGCGUUCUCCCAGACGUUACAACCUCAAAACAGAGACACGUUCUUCAAGACCUUGUCCAAUAUGGGCAUUUUGCCAGCGCUGGAAGUGAUUUUAGGCAUGGAUGACACGCAGGUCCGAAGUGCAGCCACGGAUAUUUUUUCUUACUUGGUUGAAUAUAAUCCCUCCAUGGUGCGAGAGUUUGUCAUGCAGGAGUCUCAGCAGAACGAUGAUGAUAUAUUGCUGAUAAAUCUCAUCAUAGAACAUAUGAUUUGUGACACGGAUCCUGAACUCGGUGGUGCUGUACAACUCACAGGACUUCUCCGAACGCUGGUUGACCCGGAGAACAUGCUGGCGACAACCAGUAAAACGGAGAAGACGGAGUUCCUGGGUUUCUUCUACAAACACUGCAUGCACGUGCUCACCGCGCCGUUACUGGCCAACACCACGGAGGAGAAGCCCAGCAAAGAUGAUUUUCAGACAGCCCAGCUGCUGGCGUUGAUCUUGGAACUGCUGACCUUCUGUGUGGAGCAUCAUACCUACCAUAUAAAAAAUUACAUCAUCAACAAGGACAUCUUGCGCAGAGUGCUCGUUCUCAUGUCUUCCGUGCAUUCUUUCCUGGCCUUAUGUGCUCUUCGAUUUAUGAGGAAGAUCGUGGGCCUGAAGGACGAAUUCUACAAUCGGUACAUUGUGAAGAGUUUCUUGUUUGAACCUGUGGUCAAGGCCUUUCUCAACAACGGCUCCCGAUACAAUCUCCUGAACUCCGCCAUCAUAGAAAUCUUUGAAUAUGUCCGCGUGGAAGAUAUAAAAUCAUUAACAUCCCACAUCAUCGAAAAUUACUGGAAAGCUCUGGAGGACAUCGAUUACGUGCAGACUUUCAAAGGACUUAAACUACGCUACGAUCAGCAAAGGGAGAGACAAGAUAAUCCUAAACUUGACAGCAUGAGAUCCAUCCUCCGGAAUCACAGGUACCGAAGAGACGCUCGUUCUUUGGAAGACGAAGAAGAGAUGUGGUUUAACACGGAUGAGGAUGAUUUAGAAGAUACAGAACCAGUGGUGCUUCCCUCAGACAAAAUAAAGAAUAACGAUGAUCUGAUGGAUCCUAUAAGCAAAUUCAUGGAAAGAAAGAAAUUAAAAGAGACUGAAGAGAAAGAGGUCAUUCUGAAGACCAACCUCUCCGGCCGCCAGAAUCCAAGCUUUAAGCUUUCGUUUUCCGGGGCAGCCAAGACGAACCUCACCAGCCAAUCAGCAGCGAGCGCCCUGCCCGGGUCUCCCACGUCCCCCGGAUCCCCAGGUUCUCCCGGAUCUCCAGGGUCUAUUUCCAAAAGCACAUCUCAGACGACAGCUAUUACCACAAAGGGAGGUCUCGUAGGACUCGUGGAUUAUCCAGACGAUGACGAGGAAGAUGACGAUACGGACGAAGAGGAGAAGGAAGAGACUCUACCGAUCGCAAAGAAGGCAAGGCUUGGCUCUUAAUACCAGCAACAGCUCUGACAACUCCCGUCGAGACUCGCUGUCCGAUCUCCGGCAAACACCGAAAACACACAGAUCUCACCCCAGUUCUGCGAGCAAAUUUGACACAAACCAACGCGUAGAUUUCUGCUCAUCAAGUGCCAAUUCCAAGGAGCACGAGGAGAGAGGGAGGUAUCGAACGAAAGGACCGAAGCCUUUGUACUCUCCCGGUUUAGACCACACUUUGCCCUUUUCUCAGGGAAGGAAAAAAAAAAAAAAAACGUAAAUAAAUAAUAAUAAAAAACAAAAAAAAAGCCAACGGGGCAGGAGUUUGUCAGUGAACUCUGGAUUGGCUGGUCGGGUGCUCCAAUCAGAUGAUGCGUAACAGAGGAGAGGUUCCGGAACGCCAUUCAGAAGAGGAUUUUUGUGCAGCUACGGUGGAUGCCAGCACUUCUCUUUGGGUGGAAUAUUUCUGCCUUUGGGGAUUCACACAUCCUGAACAUUUUCUCAUUGCCACAACACGUUUUAAAAUCCUCGCUGGGGAGGGACAAUUAGAACGUUUUUUGCCCCCUUUAUGUUUUUGGGUUUUUCUUUUUUUUUUUUUUUUAAUAAAAAAUUGUCUCCCUCACGCCCUUAAAACUGCAGAUUUCUUUUGGAGGUGUCGGGGUAAUUCUCCAGCCCCCCUUAAUUAAAGAUUGAGUGGAAUUCUA